GUUUGAACUUGAAAUUUAACACCUAUAGAUAUACAACAUAUCGCUCCCCCGGAAUAUGCUGUCAUCUUUGUGCCAGUUAGCGCCAAAUAAGUCUAUGUGCGGCGAGCGAGAUGCCCAUAAGGCACAGCUGUACUAUAAAAUAGUGCGGACUGUUUGUUAAGUAAUGGACAAGAGUGGAAGAACUUCCAUAUAAGCACAAGAUAACAUAUACUGUCAGUCAGUAUCUAUCAUCUCUAUUUAUUACCUGUUCUCCUUCCUGGGUGAAGCAACAGCAGGCCCCAGUAUGACCGGAGCACCAGCAUUGCUCGUCUUGGUCUUCCCCUUGCUUCUGUGCCACUGCCCUCUCUUCUCCCUUGCUCAACCGCCCUCCUCCCCGGCGGGGGGAGCCAACGAUGAGCUCACUCUCCUCUCCUUCAAGUCCAAGCUAUCCGGGUCCUCACCGUUGGUCUCAUGGAACAUGUCUAGCCACUACUGCAGCUGGCCAGGAGUCGUAUGUGGCGAGAAGCACCCGGAGAGGGUCGUCGCGCUGCCAUUGCGUUCUGCCAACCUGUUGGGACCUGUCUCGCCAUUCUUGGGAAACCUAUCCUUUCUCCGGGAGCUGGACCUCGGCGACAACCACCUCGCUGGUCUGAUACCACCGGAGUUCGGCCGCCUCGCCAGGCUCCAGGAGCUCAACUUGAGUGUGAACUCUCUCCAGGGAACCAUCCCUGAGGCCCUGGCAGGCUGCUCAAGCCUCAUGACGAUUGAUCUAAACAGGAACCAUCUCAAAGGAGCGAUUCCACGAUGGCUGCCGAACCUGACAUCCAUGGAAUACUUGAGCUUGGGAGGCAACAGGUUAUCCGGUGAGAUACCACCAGGUUUGGGCAACCUCUCCAAGCUCCGGCGUCUCGCUCUCUCCACCAACAUGCUGUCAGGAGCCAUCCCUUCGUCCUUAGGGCGCUUGCCCAAUCUAUCAUGGCUCAGCUUAGGCUACAACAAUCUGACUGGAGCGGUCCCCACUUCCAUCUGGAACAUUUCCUCUCUGGUAUUCUUCUCCGUCCAGCAAAACAUGCUCAGUGGAACAAUACCGCCAAAUGCAUUCGACGCUCUUCCUAAUCUCCAGAGCAUAUACAUAGACCACAACGGGUUCCAUGGGCAGAUCCCAGCUUCCGGAGCUAAUGCUUCCGAAGUGUCAUUGCUUCAGCUCUACUACAACUUCUUUGACGGAGUAAUUCCUCCGGAGCUCGGAAGGUUACGAAAUCUGUACUGGCUACAGAUCUCCGCAAAUUUGUUUGAAGCUCAGGAGCCCAGAGAUUGGGGAUUUGUAGCCGCAUUAGCAAAUUGCUCCCAGUUAACAGUUCUUGAAAUGGGUGCCAAUAAGCUGGAGGGAGUUCUACCUGAUUCACUUUCAAAUCUUUCUACCUCGUUGAUGUAUCUCAGUCUUAGUGGCAACAAAAUAUCAGGAAGCAUCCCUAGAGAUAUAGGUAACCUUGUUAACUUGCAAAAUCUCGAUCUUUCAAACAACUCUUUCACCGGCACGCUUCCCUCUUCCUUGAGUAGGCUUAACAAUUUGGUCGAACUCUAUGUAAGAGAAAAUAAAAUGAGUGGCUCAAUUGAUCCAUGGACAGUAGGAAACCUUACUAACCUAAACUAUUUGGGCAUCAGCAAAAAUGCCUUCAGUGGUAGGUUACCAAGUACAAUUGGAAACCUUAGAAAGUUGUUGGCACUCGAUCUUUCAGGUAAUAGAUUCACCGGGCCAAUGCCAAAAGGUUUGUUCAAUAUCUCUGCCCUCUCCGUAAAUUUGGAUCUAUCCCAUAAUAACCUGGAGGGAUCCAUACCACAAGAAAUCGGUAAUAUGAAAAAUCUGGUAGAAAUCAAUGCAGAGUCAAACAAACUUACGGGUGCAAUCCCUGACACCCUUGGUGAGUGUCAACUUCUCCAGAACCUAUACCUCCGAAACAACAUUUUAACUGGUACAAUUCCAUAAUCAAUGAGUCAGCUCAAAGGUCUAGAAAAUCUUGACCUCUCAGGCAACAAUUUGUCCAGUCAAAUUCCCAAGUUCCUCGCCAACAUUACCAUGCUCAAUUACCUAAACCUUUCAUUCAAUAGAUUUGUUGGUGAAGUCCCAAAUGUUGGUGUUUUUGCAAAUGCCACUGCGUUCUCGAUCCAGGGGAAUUCCAAAAUCUGCGGUGGCAUACCUGUUCUACAUUUGCCUCCAUGCUCUUCACAAUUAGAAAACAAAAGGCAUAAAUCUCUAGUGAUUCCUAUUGUUACUCCUCUGGUUGCAUCUAUAGUCAUCCUUCUGUUGAUCUUCUUAUUUCUUUCAUGGCACAAAGGCACAAGCACUAAAAUUCCUUCAACAAAAUCCAUGCAAGGCCACCCAUUGACCUCCUAUGCACAACUACUAAGAACAACAGAUGGUUUCUCGACAACAAACUUGUUGGGCUCAGGAGCAUUUGGGACUGUAUUCAAAGGAAAUAUAGAGUCCCAACCUGGUGGACGCACAAGGCUUGUUGCCAUUAAGGUACUAAAACUUCAAACUCCUGGGGCAGUCAAGAGUUUCAUUGCGGAGUGCGAAGCACUGCGAAACCUGCGGCACCGAAAUCUGGUCAAGAUAAUUACAGCAUGUUCAAGCAUUGAUAACAGAGGGAAUGACUUCAAAGCGAUUGUGUUUGACUUCAUGCCUAAUGGUAGUUUAGAAGACUGGCUGCAUCCUGACACAAAUGACAAAACAGCCAAGUGCUUGAAUCUCCUCGAGAGAGUUUCAAUACUGCUUGAUGUGGCCAAUGCGUUGGAUUACUUGCAUUGUCAUGGCCAUGCACCAGUUUUACAUUGUGAUCUGAAACCAAGCAAUGUGCUCUUAGAUAAUGAGAUGGUAGCCCAUCUUGGAGACUUUGGACUCGCUAAGAUUCUUAUUGAGACCAGCUCAAUUCUUCAAGAGUCAACAAGCUCAAUGGGAUUUAGAGGGACAAUUGGGUACGCACCUCCAGAGUACGUUGCUGGAAAUAUUGUAUCGACACAGUCCGAUAUCUACAGUUUUGGAAUUCUUGUGUUAGAAAUAGUAACCGGGAAGAAGCCAACUGAUAGCAAAUUCAUAGAAGGAUUGAGCCUUCGUCAUUAUGCUGAAUUAGGUCUAUGUGGUAAAGUGAAGGAUGUAGUCGACGCCCGGCUGUCUCUGAGCCUCGAGAAUGAGCUUCUGACAACAGAUAAUUGCCUGUACAAACUGGAGAUUGAUUGUGUGGUUUCACUGCUUGGACUUGCUCUCAUGACAUGCCAUCAAGAAGGACGACAACGGGAAAUAUCGUGAAGGAACUGCAUGCCAUCAAAAUAUCUCUUCUUUUGUAUCCAGAAUCUGGUGAAUUAAGGCACUGUACUUUUGUUUUUGCAUCUAGAGCAGAUUCCAGGGAUGAAAUUUCCCAGUUACACCGAAAAUUCAUCAUUUCUGUCCUACACUCCUACUUCUGUCGGAACGAGAACAACUCACUCCAAGAGCCUAGAGAAGUAUAGUAUGCUGGUAGAAUCGUCAUGGUUAUGAUGUACCACUAUUUACUCAGUUCUGGACAAGUCAGUCCAAAAGCAAUUGCCAACAUAGUUUGUCAUCAAUGUAUAGCAAUCUAUAGCAAGUUCUUAAUUAUCAUGUUUAUGCGUCAAAGUAAUCAGGAUCCGGAAGCAGGUGCCAUCAAUGCACAGCAAGUUUCAACCGUCUUUAUAUUGUACAUCAGUACAUCCAGGCAACAGUGUGAAUGACACCAGAGGCAGUUUAUUU